CAUUUACAUUUCAAUGCUGAAUUGUUAAAAAGCCAAAAGUGGGUUCUGACUAAGACAGCACAUGGUGCAUUUGAUGGACAGAAGCACCUCUUUCGUCCCUGUAGGACAUCCCUGCUCAGCUAAAGUGUAUACUCCUGAUCAUGUAGCUGGGCCUGGAGCAGACAUGGACCCCACACAAAUAACCUUCCCUGGUUGUGCUUGCAUCAAAACUCCAUGUGUCCCUGGUACUUGCUCCUGUCUUCGCCAUGAGAGCAACUACAAUGACAAUUUAUGCCUUAGGAAUGUGGGAUCAGAAGCAAAGUAUGCCAAACCAGUCUUUGAAUGCAAUGUUCUGUGUCAGUGUGGCGAGCACUGCAGAAACAGGGUGGUCCAGAGUGGUCUCCAGUUCCUUCUCCAGGUAUUCCAGACAGAAAAAAAAGGUUGGGGACUUCGGACCUUGGAAUCUAUACCCAAGGGAAGAUUCGUCUGUGAGUACGCUGGGGAGGUAUUAGGAUUCUCUGAAGUACAAAGAAGAAUUCACCUACAAACAGCACAUGACCCAAAUUACAUCAUCGCCCUCAGGGAACAUGUGUACAAUGGCCAGGUCAUGGAAACAUUUGUCGACCCUACCUACAUAGGAAAUAUUGGGAGAUUCCUCAAUCAUUCUUGUGAACCAAAUCUGUUGAUGAUUCCUGUCCGAAUUGACUCAAUGGUGCCCAAGCUCGCACUUUUUGCAGCCAAAGAUAUUUUGCCAGGAGAAGAACUCUCUUACGACUAUUCAGGAAGAUUCCUUAAUCAAAUAAGCAGUAAAGACAAAGAAAGGAUAGACUGUGGACAACCAAGGAAGCCUUGUUACUGUGGUGCCCAAUCAUGUGCCACUUUCCUGCCCUAUGACAGUUCACUAUAUGGCCCCUUAGAAAAUCCAGGCACCAGUUAGGACAGGAGGUCCUACCUGCCUGCCCCUUUGUGGACAGAAAUCAGAGGGAGCCAAGCAAGCAACCUACACUCAAGGGAAGGCUACCCUGUAGUCCGCAUCUUGCUCAUCCCUGUAAGACAAGGGGUUGCGCAGACCUGUCUCUGCCACGUUCCCUAUGUUCAACUCAGCAAUAUGGCCCACACUGAAGAAUGUCCAACAAUACACUUCCUCCCAGAACACUUGUAUUUGUACUUAAAUGUGGGUAUGUUCAAACUAUCAGGAUGCAUGCGAAAAGGAUGACUCCUUGGGUAUCGUUCUUGUGUUUCUUCUUCAAAACCAGAAACCAUACUUGGUGGCUAGACUUGGGGACAGCCAUCCUAAAGCCAGGACGACCCUGGCAAAGGGUCAUUCAGAGCUAAUCACCAAGGUAUCUGGCACUAGAGAAAAUCCUGCUAGUCCUGAGCUGAUGCCUCUGCACUUGUAGGUGGGGGAGCCUACAAUGUUAAGCCACUGUUGCCUCACAUUUGAGCAAACCUUAUUCAACCAGACCUCAGCCUUGAUUUUCGGCUAGUUUUGCUGGCAAUAAAACUGUUUGUCUUCUAUCUGA